UUUAAGGUAGACGGUAGUCUAUCAUGUUCAACAAACUUGAAAUUAAUGACUACAUACCAUGCUAGCCAGAUCCAGAGAUGUGAACUCUACCUGUUAAUGUAUGUUCAUGAGUUUAGUUUGGAUAACAUUGGCAUGGGUAAUCGGACAAUCACAAGCAGUGAAAAUCCCUGAAGAAGAGAUUGUUCCGAUAGACUGUUCAUGUAGUUACCCUGAUAAAGACUGUAGAGAAAACAAGACAUGUGAAUCUGAAUAUGGUUUCUGCUACUGGAAGGCAAAGAUAGAGAACAACAAGAUUUUGAGUAAUGAAAAGGGGUGUAUUGGUGCUCACAUCAUGCGUCAUGUUUGCUUCCUGGACAGACACCAGGACGAGAACAUGUUAGUGGAGUGUUGCAACACGACCCUUUGCAACAGAGACACGGACAGCUUCCUAAUACGUGUAGAUAAAGAGAUCAAUGUUGGGUACGGUGAACCACCUGCUCCUGCAAACAGCAAUGUCUUGAUGGUGAUAAUCGGGGCAGCUGGUACUCUCGUCCUGGUCAUAUUCAGCUUUGGGAUCUACAAGUUCUUCAGGUCAAGAAUGAUGAAGAAAAUCCUGGGUUACGAGAAAGACCCUUACGUAGCUGUAGCCAAAGAGCCGCAGUACACUAACCACAUACUAGACGAGAUCAGUCUGAGUAACACCAGUGGAGCCGGUCGCACUCAGUUCGUACAGAGGACGAUAUCAAAACAAGCCCAGCUUAUUGAGUUAGUCGGAAAAGGCAGGUACGGUGAGGUUUGGAAGGCCCUGUGGCGAGGUGAUCCUGUUGCUAUCAAACAAUUCGACCCCAGGGACGAACAGAGCUGGAUUCAGGAGGUCAAAAUGUACGAAACCUCUUGGCUUCGUCAUGAGAACAUCUUAGGGUACAUGGGAAGCGACUGUAAAUCCACCGCUUCCUCAACUCGUUGGUGGAUCAUGAUGGAGUUCUGCCAGCACGGCUCCCUCUACGAGUACCUCAGUCACGCCAGAUACACUCCCAUCCAACUCCUCGAGUCAGUACGAGGUAUAUACUGUGGUUUGGAGCAUUUACACAGCGCCAUUUUUGGCAACAAUCCAAACAACUCGAAGCCAGGGAUCGCUCACCGGGACCUGAAAACGCACAACAUUCUGGUGAAGAAUCCCACUCAGUGCUGUAUCGGUGAUCUCGGACUGGCCAUUACUUCUAGCGACUUCAAGGAAAAAGUCAACAAAACUAAUUUCCAGGUAGGUACUAGACGGUAUAUGGCCCCGGAAAUACUGGACAGUUCCUUAAACUUCGAGAAAUUCUUCACCUUCAAAUCAGCCGACAUGUUCUCUUCGUCGUAUAUCAUAUGGGAGAUGUUGCACGUGUGCCAAGUGGACAAUGAUGUAACGGAGCGAGAGCGGACUCUGCCUUAUAUAGACGAGGUGCCGGGUAACCCUACGGUAGAGGAUAUGUUGAAGGUGGUGGUGGAGGAAGAGAAGCGACCCCCUCUUCUAGAUCGCUGGAGACAGAACCCGAUAACCCGAGUUCUGUGUAACAUGAUAAAGGAGCUGUGGUGUACAGACCCCGCAGAACGGUUGUCAGCUCUCAGGAUCAAGAAGACUCUGAGCGAGAUGUUGUUACACAAACAAGACUCAUUCCCCCCAGUGUAGGGCCAGCAGAUCACGUGACAUCACAAGACUAUAUUUCAUGAGAGAGAGAGAGUGAGCGGGCCUGUUAAAUCAACUAAAAGAUCUACUGAGAAUAAUAAAUUGCUGCCAGGAAUAUCUCUAAGAAGUAGAUUCAGCUCAGAUUCUGUCCACCAGGGAACUAUCAAACCAUCUAAAUACCCUCAAAGAAGAGGCACGCUCUCGGGAAGAAACAAAUAGAUAGUGGAGCGGAGAAACACUCUGAGAUGGUGCAGUCAGGGAAGAUUACAUGCUCACCAGCGCGAGUGUGGUGGUUGUUUUUACUGGAACCCUGGUUUGAUUCAUUGCCCGCCUGUUUUGGUGGCUAUAAAACCUUUUGAAUAGUUGUUAUCGUUAUCGGUUUUUAGCAUUUUUAAUGUCCUGUAUAUUUAAGAGCUCAUUCAUCGCUUUUAAAGAGGAAGGUGUUUGUUUUACCUGUAUUUAGCUUGGGUAUUAUUGAUAUCAUAUGGUACGUGGCCAUGGUAAUAUGAUCGUUACAAUUGGGUGUAGGUUGUAAAGACAUUACACAUAGUCUGUUGUUGAAAAGCAGUUUUACAAUGGUUAGCUUUUAAAUAUGGAUUGGGAAAUCAUUGAUUGAUUAAAUCCGGUUCUAGAUUCCAAUUAGUAUAGGGGGAUGUGAUCUAAAGAAAAAUGUUUUAUAAUAUUUAUGUCAAUAAUUAAAAUUGAAGCUAAAAUGAGGUUAAUAUGAAAAGUCUAGCUAUAAAUACAUGCAGAUUAUAAAGGAGUCAAGAUGAAUGCUUCUCAGUCUUGGUUGAAUCGAGUUUAUUUGUCCCUACAAUAUAUGCGAUUUGUGUUUAAACUUUUGUUUUAGUGAUGUUUUAUAUAAACGUUUUAUAUUUAAUUGCUUUUUACUACUACAACUGUUAUCGGGCCCCUUGCGAGAUUUGAUUGGGGACAAAGUAUUAUGUAAAUAGUUGCCGCGUGAUCCAAUCUUACUGGGGAUAAAGUGAUUUUAUUGAUAAUCGGGCCGGGAAAACCGAUGUGUAUGAUUUUCUGAAUGGAAUUCGUGUGGCAGCAACGUAUAGGAGGGCGGUUUAUGCCGUAAAAUGUUCUAAAAGAAACAUGAAACUCAAGUUAUCAACAAAAUGCUACAUCGAAAACGGAGUUGUACAGGCAUAAGUUUUUAUACUUGGCUCACAAAUACACUCAUAAGUUAUAAAUUAUUUAUUUCUAUCAAACUACUUGUGUACGAUUAUUAAUCACAAAUAA